UCCAUAAAGCAAGAUAUAACCCUUUAAUUUAUGACUGAUCAAUACAGGCUCUUCUUUGCGACGUGCGUCACAAGCGUGAAAUAAAGACCCAAAGGCGCAGUUUAGCAGCCAAAGCAGUGUAAGGGACCGCUUCAGCUCCUGGAACAUUUUCUAUUUCUUUAUUCAUUUUUUUUUAAAGAAGAAGAAGAAGAAGGGGGGAAAAACCGUCGUCGCGAUCUCGCAGCUCCUCUGUCCAUCUUUAUUAUUAGCGCUUGGCUCCGCCCUCCUACCUGUAAAUCUCCCCCCGCUCUCCUCUCCUCUGGAGCGGAUCUGACGGACUCGCUCAGCUGGCCGCUCCGUGCCAGGGCUGCAGGGGGACCGAAUGGAGGCAACGACAUCCACCCGAGCGGCGCGCCAGUCCUCUCCUUAACGCAGAAUCGACAACCCAAACCGCCUGUUUGAAUAUGUAGUCUUCUGACCUGCGUUUAUUUUGUUCCCCCCACCCCUCAACCUUUAGGACUGAAUUACACGCAAAGCGUUUCCAGCCAACUGAAGGAGAGUUCAAAUCGAUUCUUCAUCCGCUGAUCGACAGGAUUCCUGAAUGGAAGACGGCUAGAGAAGGAGCACAGCCGGGAACAUUUUUUUUAUAUUGUUUUUUUCUUUUUCUUUCUUUUUUUUUUAAAUCCUCUACUGUUUGUGUGUCUGCAUUAUCAGAAAAAAAAGCAACAGCAGCCUCGGCGGCUGCAAACGACGCCGUCCCUGUCACGGCAUAUGGCGUGAAAGGGGCAGAAAAGCCCUUCAGAAUGAGAAGCGCCUAAGAUUCGUCGUUAUUAUUGCGGAUUUAAAUGCCUCACUCCAAGGGGCCACCGAGGCGCUAUUUUGGUCUCCUUUGCGUGCGCGGCGCCUGACACUGACAUUAAUAAUAAACAAUUUUCUUGCUUUAGAAACUGUAUAUUUAUGAAGAUAAUCUGGUGGGGCUGUCAAAAUCUAGUGCAAAAAUAAAAGGGGUUGAGGGGGUGUAUAUAUAUUUUUUGUUUGUUUCUAUCUGUUUUUUAAAGCAAUAUGGCUGGUGAGUGGGGCUGGGGACGCUGGCACAGGCUCUCCAAGGCUCCUCAAUGCUAGCCGAGGCACAUGGCACGGAUCCCCAUGGAAGCGACAGCUCUAUGAGGACAAACAGCAUCGAUAAUAACAACAAUCCGGACUCUUCGAUCUUAAUAUCCAAGAUGGAAGGCGUUGUCAUCCCCUACACGUCUGAGGUGCCAUGCGACGAUUAUGGACAGCGCAUGUGGUGGGCAUUCCUCGCCUCCUCCAUGGUGACGUUUUUCGGGGGUCUCUUCAUCAUCCUGCUAUGGAGGACCCUGAAGUAUCUGUGGACUGUCUGCUGCCACUGCAACAUAAAAAAUAAGGAGGCUCAGAAGGUGAAUAACCCUGCCAACAAUCCGACAGCAGACAAGACAACAAAAGGUCCUGAUGAGAAGGAGGAGGUAGCAGCAGCCAGCGAGGUGGGAUGGAUGACUUCAGUCAAAGACUGGGCUGGUGUCAUGAUCUCCGCUCAGACACUCACAGGCAGGGUCCUGGUGGUGUUAGUCUUUGCUCUCAGCAUUGGAGCCCUCGGAAUAUACUUUAUAGACUCCUCAGAUCCUAUAGAAUCCUGCCAGAACUUCUACAAAGAUUUUACACUACAAAUCGAUAUGGCCUUCAACGUCUUCUUCCUCCUGUACUUUGGCUUGCGGUUUAUAGCAGCCAAUGACAAGCUGUGGUUCUGGCUGGAGGUCAAUUCGGUGGUCGACUUCUUCACCGUUCCUCCUGUGUUUGUCUCUGUAUACCUAAACAGAAGCUGGCUUGGUUUAAGAUUUCUGAGAGCAUUAAGACUGAUUCAAUUCUCAGAAAUAUUACAGUUCCUAAAUAUUUUGAAAACAAGCAAUUCCAUCAAGCUGGUGAACUUGUGUUCCAUCUUUAUAAGCACGUGGCUCACGGCGGCUGGAUUUAUACAUCUGGUGGAAAACUCAGGGGAUCCAUGGGAAAACUUUGAAAAUUCCCAGUCGCUGUCUUAUUGGGAAUGCGUCUACUUGCUGAUGGUGACGAUGUCUACAGUGGGUUACGGGGAUGUCUAUGCAAAAACCACCCUGGGCCGCCUGUUCAUGGUCUUCUUCAUCCUUGGUGGUUUGGCCAUGUUUGCCAGCUACGUCCCUGAAAUCAUAGAGUUAAUAGGAAACCGCAAGAAAUAUGGUGGUUCCUAUAGUGCGGUUAAUGGGAGAAAGCACAUUGUGGUCUGUGGUCAUAUUACCCUCGAAAGUGUCUCCAACUUCCUCAAAGACUUCCUACACAAGGACAGGGAUGAUGUCAAUGUAGAAAUUGUUUUUCUCCAUAAUAUUUCCCCUAAUCUUGAGCUGGAAGCCUUGUUCAAACGCCAUUUUACUCAAGUCGAGUUCUACCAGGGAUCGGUUCUCAACCCUCAUGAUUUGGCCCGAGUAAAGAUCGAGUCAGCGGAUGCCUGUCUAAUUUUGGCCAACAAAUAUUGUGGAGAUCCUGAUGCUGAAGACGCUUCUAACAUCAUGAGGGUCAUAUCCAUCAAAAACUAUCAUCCCAAGAUCAGAAUAAUAACACAGAUGCUACAGUAUCACAAUAAGGCCCAUCUGCUGAACAUUCCCAGCUGGAACUGGAAGGAAGGUGAUGAUGCUAUAUGCCUGGCUGAGCUGAAAGCUGGAUUCAUUGCCCAGAGCUGUCUGGCCCAGGGCCUGUCGACCAUGCUGGCCAAUCUCUUCUCCAUGAGGUCCUUCAUUGAGAUUGAGGAGGACACAUGGCAGAAGUAUUACCUAGAAGGAGUAGCUAAUGAGAUGUACACAGAGUAUUUGUCCAGUGCCUUUGUAGGCCUCUCCUUCCCCACUGUGUGCGAGUUGUGCUAUGUGAAGUUGAAGCUGUUGCUUAUUGCCAUUGAAUUCAAGUCUGAGCAGAGAGAGAGCAGAAGCCGAAAGCGCAUCCUCAUCAAUCCAGGCAAUCAUGUCAAGCUGCAGGAAGGAACACUGGGAUUCUUUAUUGCUAGCGAUGCCAAAGAAGUAAAGCGAGCAUUUUUCUACUGCAAAGCUUGUCACGAUGACAUCACAGACCCCAAAAGGAUCAAAAAGUGUGGCUGCAAACGACUGAUUUAUUCCAAGAUGUCCGUCUACAAACGAAUGAAACUGGCAUGUUGUUUUGAUUGCGGCCGUUCAGAGCGAGACUGCUCUUGCAUGUCAGGCAGUGUACAUAGUAACAUGGACACCCUUCAGAGGGCCUACCCACUUUCCUCUGUCUCUGUUCAUGAUUGCGCAACCACUUUACGUGCCUUCUCCUCAGCUAAAUAUAAGUAUAAUGGAUUUGUCAGAUCACCAGCAGAUGGCGCUACAACACCACGGAACAGUGGAAGCCAAAAAGAGGCUGGCGUUCGAUUCAAAGCUGAUUGCAAUCUAGUUGAGGAUGAGCAUCCAUCGACUCUCUCACCCAAAAAAAAGCAGCGCAAUGGGGGGAUGCGAAACUCGCCCAACUGCUCGCCCAAAAUGAUGAGUCGACAUGAUCCCCUCCUAAUUCCUGGAAAUGAACAAAUUGAGAACAUGGACAUGAACAUCAAGAGGUACGACUCGACGGGGAUGUUUCACUGGAGCCCUUCCAAAGAAAUCGAGAAAGUCAUCCUGACUCGGAGUGAAGCCUCCAUGACUGUGCUGAGCGGUCAUGUAGUGGUCUGUAUAUUUGGGGAUGCCUCGUCCGCUUUGGUGGGGCUGCGAAACCUGGUGAUGCCUUUAAGAGCCAGCAAUUUUCACUACCAUGAACUAAAGCCUAUAGUUUUUGUGGGCUCGCUGGAAUACCUUCGGAGAGAGUGGGAGACUUUACACAACUUCCCCAAGGUCUCCAUCUUACCUGGUACACCAUUAAGUCGGGCAGAUUUAAGGGCUGUCAACAUCAACCUCUGUGACAUGUGCGUAAUACUGUCAGCCAAUCAGAACAAUAUCGAAGAUACCUCUCUGCAGGAUAAGGAAUGCAUCUUGGCAUCACUCAACAUCAAGUCUAUGCAGUUUGAUGACAGCAUUGGGGUCUUACAGGCUAAUUCCCAAGGUUUCACGCCUCCUGGAAUGGACAGGUCAUCUCCAGACAGCAGUCCAGUACAUGGCUUUGUGCGUCAGGCUUCGGUAACCACCGGAUCCAACAUCCCCAUCAUCACAGAACUAGCUAAACCUGGCAAACUACUGCCAUUGGUUUCUCUCAGUCAGGAAAAAAAAAGUGGAACCAGCAUACAAAUGAUAACAGAGCUGGUGAAUGACUCGAACGUUCAGUUCCUGGACCAAGACGAUGACGACGACCCAGACACGGAACUGUACCUCACUCAGCCCUUCGCCUGCGGCACCGCCUUUGCUGUCAGUGUACUCGACUCCCUGAUGAGUGCGACAUACUUCAACGAUAACAUCCUCACACUAAUCCGGACACUAGUCACGGGAGGAGCCACGCCAGAGCUGGAGGGCCUGCUGGCUGAGGAGAACGCUCUCAGAGGAGGCUACAGCACGCCACAGACGCUGGCCAACAGAGACAGGUGUCGCGUCGCCCAGCUGGCCCUGUAUGACGGCCCGUUUGCUGACUUAGGGGACGGUGGCUGCUACGGCGACUUGUUCUGUAAAGCCCUGAAAACAUACAACAUGCUAUGUUUUGGGAUCUACAGAUUAAGAGAUGCUCAUCUCGGCACACCAAGCCAGUGCACAAAACGAUAUGUGAUCACAAACCCCCCGUACGAGUUUGAGCUGGUGCCCACAGACUUGAUCUUCUGCCUCAUGCAGUUUGACCACAACGCUGGCCAGUCACGGACAAGCUUAUCCCACUCUUCCCACUCCUCCCAUUCCUCCAGCAAAAAGAGUUCCUCAGUGCACUCUGUGCCUCCCUCCAACAGGCAGAACCGCAGCAGUAAGAGCAGAGAGGCAAGGGAAAAACAGAAUGCAACAAGGAUGAAUAGAAUGGGCCAAGAAAAGAAAUGGUUUACAGAUGAACCGGAAAAUGCCUACCCAAGGAACAUUCAGAUCAAGCCCAUGAGCACUCACAUGGCCAACCAAGUCAACCAAUACAAAUCCACUAGUAGCCUGAUUCCACCAAUCAGAGAAGUUGAAGAUGAAUGCUGAACAGGGGCAUGAGGGUUUCUUUGCUUACUCGCCAGACAUCUGGGCGCUCUGUCUGAAGAGACGAACCGAGAUCACCAGUGGGGAUGUGAUGAUAAUACCAACAGGGGUAUUGAAGACUGACACAUUUUUCUUCACUCUUUCUUCCAGUCAAGGGUUGGACAGAAACACGGACAAGAAGGGGCCUCCUGUGUGUAUACCCUAAAUGUUGAUUCCAUACUUUGGACUCUGUUUAAUUUACAAAUGUAUCCAUAAAGAUGUACAUAAUGACAAUCAAAUAAGGACUGUACAGCCCCUUCCCUCUAGCACUUUUUUGGAAUUAUUUUAAGAAUUGACAAGAAAAAAAAAAGUACUUCCUAUUAUUCUUUGCAAUAGUUCACUUCUUCAUAAGACCAUGGAUUAAGGUGGUGAUGAGUUAUUGGAGAAUGAGGAUUCAAGCGAUAAAUUGACGAUAUCAUCUCCCAAAGAUCCACCCAGAUGCAUUGCGUAAAAACCAGCUGGGUUCAUCGUCAUCAUAUCUUCUGUCUGCUUCUGUUUUCUAUUUGCACUAAAACUAGAAAAAAAGACUUUUGACAGAACAACUGGAAGCAUCACCCCCCCAGCAGUGAAUUGUCUCAGAGGAGAUUUGCAUAUGGAUGGAAUGAAGGAGGAGGAAAAGAAAGGGAAGGGGUGCUGGGCUCUGGAUGCAUACUAAUCUUGUUCUUCGGUUGUUAUCCAUCAUGUUGUUACUUAUGGUUUGCAGAUUUACCUUGAAUCAUCACUUUGAGCAAGAGCAUUCCAGCCCUGCAGAAUAUAAUCACCUUGCAAAGCAGAAAUCUAUUAACUCAGAGAAUGGUGCAAUGAAGGUUCAUGCUUUCUUGAAAGACAACUCUGUACCCAUAUGUUUUCUGCAGAUAUGUCAUAUACCGAGGCUGAGAUUCACAUUCAACCUCACAUGUGUGCCUAAUCCCUGUUUAUAGCACACAGUGGCGGUUCCUAUACGGAUGGUACCCUAGGCAAGCCCCUUCGUCUGGAUCCUCGGAGGAAUAGAAGGAAAAUGGAACAGAAUAUUUCAGCAGUAUUCAGUGAAUUUCUGUCCAUUGUAGAAAUUUACUGUUCAGUUGUGAUCGGCAUAAGAAUUUUGGAUUUUCAACAAAUCCAGUCGAGAUCAUACAAAAAUGAUGAAACUGGUUUUUAAUUUAACAUAAUCAGACAUUUCUAAUGUGUGAUUUAACUCUGUUUAGACUGCGCAAAAACACUUGGUGGCAUUCGCUAAAUGUUGACUGGAUGUGCAAAUAAACAGAAAAGCCAGAAUGCCCCAUAAAAACCGCCACUGUUAACACAAACACUAUAGCGUUUGUGUUAUCCAUCAUCCAUUAAGAUUUGUGUGUAAAAGUGUGCAUCUCAGCCACUUGUAUCUCCUGUGUUAGUGUAAAGCAUCCACCCUCACUGGAAUGUAUGCACUGGUGCAGCCUGGAGGGAACUGCAUGUAUGAUCUUAGUACUAAAGCAAAGUUACUAACAAUGCUAAAAACUAGAGGAUUUGGAUCUACAACUAGUCAAGUUGCUUUAAAGUUAGAAUGAAAGAUCCCCAACUAUGGUUGGUCUAGCAUGAACGGCAGCUGAUUAGCGUUCCUAAACAUAUCGGCGUGGCAUCUGCGGCAGAGUAGGGAUCAAAAAGAACAGUGCUGCGUUUUCUUUUUUUCUUUUUCUUGUGUCACCCUAAAGUUGGUCCCUGUAGCAGGAAAUGCCACAUAGCGCAUAAUAGUGGGCAUCAAUAGGCCCUUCUCUGAUAUGAGCCACUGCCUGGCACAAGGUUGGCGCAGAGGCAGUAUAGAGCUUGGAUGUUCUCUGCAGCCAAUCCAGAUGUCGCAUCCCUCAAAAGUUUCAGGAGUUAACCAGCUGCGCUCUAUCCUGUAAGACUCAACCAUAGUUGGCAGAAAUGCAACAAGUCCACAGACAGCAUUGAAGUACACUGAAGAUGUGCUUGUGUUCUUAAUGACGGCCUGCUUAUGCUUGUAGAUCCAAAUCCAGCUGUUAUGGACUAAGCCUUCUAGAAAUGUGGGGGUGAAUUUCUAUAUUUAAACUUUAUUUUAUACCAUAAACAUAACUGAUUUAUAUUUAUUUUUCUAACAAAUAAUCUAGAAGGAAUUGCUUUGGAAGAUGAAUAUUCAAAAUCUUUAACAUAUCAAUUGAGUUUAAAAAAAUAAAAAGCGCUAUUUAUUUUCACAGUCUAUUUAAUUGUCCGCUGCACCCUCUAACUAACAGACUGCAUUGCUCCGUAGCAGACAAAACUCACAGCUCGGCUCUACUGAGUGCAUGCAGAAAUGAACUUGAGCUCACCUUACGCAGAGUUCAGGUGCAUUGUGUCUAUGAAAUCAUGUGUAAGGGUAGGUGGAGGUGAACUAUGUUUUGGAAGGGGGGAAGGGAAUUCAGCAACUGGAGUGAAGAGUCAAAAAGAAGAAGUUGCUCCCACUGUGUCCAGGCCAGAACUAACUGACCUUCAGGAGACAUGUUUGACCUAAAUUAGGUCUCUAGUGUGGGGAAAGAAGAUGCGAAAAUUACAGCACAGUGUGCUAGUGUUUUCAUGAGACAAAAUAAUUUAAUAAAAUAAAUAAAUAUGCCUGGGAGAUGCUGUUUGUUUACUGCAGUGAUUCUCUUCUCUAUAGACUGUAAAGGAAAAGUAACUCCAAACAUAGGAGACCCUUUUGGAAUAUGGAAAAAAAUAAAAAUAUUGUGCUAAAUAUGUUUGUGUAAACUCAACCCAUGAUAUAGAGCACAUGUCUUUCUCAAACAAAAUGAUCCGAGCUUAAGUGUUUGUCUAUUGGGUGUAACUUUAAUGGCGCUUCAUACACAUUGUCCUGAAGUGAACGUUUGGAACUGUGAUUACUUCAUUGUCACACAUUGUAGCAAAUAGAUUUCUUUUAAAAAAAAUGUGAGUAAAAUAUUUGUAGAAUUGGGAUGUUUAUAGCAGAUUUGCUAGCCUGAACACUAAGAAAUUAUUAAUGUGACAAUGACUCAAACUGAAUUGACAAAUUUAAGAAUAAAAAAAAAAAAUCUUGGGUUUUAUUUAAGAAUGCAGAGACUAUUUAAGGAAAAGUAAGAUGUGGUUAAACAUCUGAGAUAGAAGGUAGCACCAAUUCAGCAAUGGUUAUCAAAAGAGAGAACAUUGUUAGCUUUCCUGGGUUUUACUUUGUUAUAAUCCAAGAUUUACAUUCCAUUUUGUCAGCUUGUCAUCAUCUGUCACAAACUGUCACAACUGCUUCUGAUUUGUUUACACGGUAUCUUUAAGGCAUUUAAUGCUUCAAACUGACAACACAUAGAUUUAUUUUCCAUAUACUUAAUGACUGUGCUUUUUCUACCUGAGCCCCAUCAUACAACUCAUUCAAACCAGCAUUAUGAACAACAGUGGAUUAAGAUGUUUUCUUCCUACACUGUUAACAAUGUCUUUGUGUUGUAUACCUCUAAACCUUUUUUUUAAGUGCCAUGAAUCUUUUGUUUGACCGAGUAUCCUUCAGUCAUCCAGUCAAGUCCAAGUGUUUUUUUUUUUUCUCCCCCCCAACUGUGAGAAACAGUCUUGUACUGACAUGGAGAACAUCCAAGCCACCAAUGCCUCCAUGCCAGUACAGUGCCAGGCAGUGCAGUAGGUCAGAAGAAGGGCCUAGAAUUAAGUCCCACUAAAGCGAAAAGUGGCAUUCAGAAUGUUGGAGAAGAGAGUAGAAGGAGUUAGACCCCCCAGAGGUCAAAUCAUGCAUAUUGUCUCUGCUGCAGGUCUUGUCACAGCGUGCAGUGAGAUAUGGAUGACUGAAGGAUUCAAACAAAAGACCGUACAUGUUACUUCACACAGGGUUUUCAACUUCAGUCUGAGAGCAAAGAAUAUGUUAAUGUGGCAUUAGUUUUAUUUUCAGUAUUAUUGUUUAGAUUUGUUUUAGCCGUAAAAGAUGGAUAUCAUUUAUUUGCAGGACAUUGUACUAGGUAUGAUAUAUAAGAUGGGGAACAGAGGUAGGUCUCAAGUCUUAAUAACAUAUUAAGUUGCGUUCAGCACUUUUGUUCAAAUAUAUGUUGCUUUUUAUCAUUUCAGGAAGAUUUCAGAAUAUUACUGUUGAUUAUCCCAGGUAGGAGUUGUUGACAUAUUGUCAUUGCAGCAUACAGGAGUCUGACAUAGCAUUCUAAUUAGUUUGGAUGUGUUUUAGAUAUGAAGGAUAAACGGAUUAUUUGAUGGUGCUGAGUUGAUCUACCUGACUCUGUCAAAUAUAAUCUGCUGAUAAAUAUUCUGUCUUGUACAAAAAGUUUGUACAUAGAUUGUACAUGGUUUCUUUUUGUAUUUUCUCAAAUUAAAAUGGAUGUAUUUGUGUUCUAAG